AUGGACGUUUUCAAACUCGAUCAGUCGCUGAGCGCGGGUUUGGGCAGCGCGCCGGCGCCGGACACUCUCACGCCGGAAGUGUCAUUCGAUGCCGGCAGUGAGUUUAACCUGAGCUUCUUCGACGGCCCGGAGGAGAACAACAGCACCCAGGGCUUCAGCGACCCCGGUUCCGUGGGUAGCGCCAGCGCCUCGCCGCCCCCCGGUACACCCGGUGGCGCCGUACAGCAAGAACAGCAUUACGCAGCAGCUGAUUCCAACAGUUCGACGCCCGCCAAGAGCUUCGUACCCUGCAAGGUUUGCGGCGAUAAGGCGAGCGGUUAUCAUUACGGCGUUACCAGCUGCGAAGGUUGCAAAGGCUUCUUCAGAAGGAGCAUACAGAAGCAGAUAGAGUACAGGUGCUUGAGGGACGGCAAGUGUCUUGUCAUCAGAUUAAAUCGGAACCGUUGCCAGUACUGCAGAUUCAAGAAGUGCCUAGCCGUCGGCAUGUCCAGAGACUCCGUGAGAUACGGCAGGGUGCCGAAACGCUCGAGAGAACGCGGCCCCGAGGACACGAUGGCGACAACCAUGACGACGACGACGACGACGACGACGAUGGCGGCUAUGGAAAUGCAGCAGCUGACUACACCCGAUACCGGCAACAACAAUGCUAGCAACAAGAACAACAAUAACAACAACAAUAACAACAACAAUAACAAUAACAAUAACACCCAGAGCCAAAACGCGAUCUCACGAGUACCAUCGGCGGCGGUGGUCGAGGCUGAUCAAUCAGACGCUGACGUGAAGCAACUGGCUGUAUACGAUGUGAUUCAUCAGGUCUCUCAGGCUCAUCACGCUCAUUGCGGCUUCACGGAAGAGUCUACCAGGGGCCUCACGAGGAAACCUAUGAUAAUACCGGCGAGUAAUUCUUCGCAGCCCGCGAGUCCGGAAGAUCCAGAAGCAGCAUCCUCGACCGCGGAGACUGUUGAGUCGCAGAGGAUCUGGUUGUGGCAGCAAUUUGCCACUAGAGUGACGCCGUCGGUUCAGAGGGUGGUGGAGUUCGCAAAACGGAUGCCGGGAUUCUGCGAACUCUCGCAAGACGACCAGCUGAUCCUGAUCAAAGUCGGCUUUUUUGAGGUGUGGCUUUGCCACAUCUCCAAAAUGACCACCGAUAAUUCGAUGACUUUUGAAGACGGCACUUACUUCACCCGCCAGCAACUGGAACUGAUGUACGAGCCCGACUUCGUGUCUGCACUGAUGCAAGUCACGUCAUCAUUAAAUGCCCAUCAACUGACGGACACCGAGCUGGGCCUAUUCUCGGCGGCGGUGCUGCUGAACGAACGACCAGGACUGAACGACGUCAAGGCCGUUCAAAGGCUGCAGGAUCGCGUUCUGGAGGCAUUGAGGGUGCAAACAACGCGACCCUCCGGUGAAGGUGCCGGCGGCACCGCGAUCACCAACGUUUCGCAAAGGAUACCCGAACUGAGAGCGCUCGGCGCUAGACAUGCCAAUCUCUUAGAUUGGUUCCGCAGGAACUGGACGAAGCUCAAAUUACCGCCGUUGUUCGCCGAGAUAUUCGACAUUCCUAAAUGCGAGGAGGAUUUGCAAUGAAAAGCAGCCUCUAUAAGCUACAGCGAGGUAAUUCGAGACCAAUGAUGCCGUGUUGUCGGCGAUAAAUUGGGCCCAGCGUCUACCGAGGCCGUUCUGAAUAUCUAGAAUCGUUUUAACUCUUAAUAGAGUUAGCGAAAACAUCUAACACGAUGAUGAGAUUCAAAUUAAAUGAAGAACGGGCGGUUGAAACGAAGAAUGAAGUAUGCCUGUGAAGAUUGUUUAUCACAAGGGAUAUUAGAAAAUUAGAGAGAAAAGAAAAACAAAGACGCAAUUGUCGAUGGCUGAUGGCGGUUCCCAUUGACUUGUCUCGGUUAUUCAAAAGUCAGCGGGAAAGGAAUUUUGAUCGAAGGAUCGCGAAAGAAAUUUGCCGUACUAGAAAAUUAAAAAAGAAAGAAAGGAGAAAAUUACAGACACAAUUGUUGAUUAUCUAAACAGCGAGAUCGCG